AUGGCUGCGUCCUCCGGCGACGCGCAGCCUUCGCCGGGGUACUACCCGAGCUCGAGGUUCAGGCCGGUGCCGUUCAACCGCGCCUACACCAACAAGUGGGGCCCGCAGCACCAGACGCUCUCCGGCGACCAUUCCUCGCUCACCAUCUGGCUCGACAGGACCUGCGGGAGUGGUUUCAAGUCGAAGCACGCGUACUGGAACGGCUACUUCUCCACUCGCAUCAAGCUCCCCGCCGGCUACACCGCCGGCACCAACACCGCCUUCUACACGAACGUGUACGUCCGCGGCAGCGGCGACGGCCGCAUCGUGGGGCGGGAGAUGCGGUUCCACCUGUGGUUCGACCCCACGGCGGCGUACCACACGUACGCCAUCAUGUGGAACCCCGACGCCAUCACCUUCUUCGUGGACGACGUCCCCGUCCGCCGCUACGAGCGCCGCGCCGAGCUCACGUUCCCCGACCGCCCCAUGUGGGUGUACGGCUCCAUCUGGGACGCCUCCGACUGGGCCACCGACGACGGCCGCCACCGCGCCGACUACCGCUACCAGCCCUUCGUCGCGCGCCUCGACCGCUUCGUCGUGGCCGGGUGCUCCGUGAACGCGCCGCCGGCGUGCAGGCCCGUGCCGGCGUCGCCUGCCGGGGCUGGGCUCACGGCGCAGCAGUACGCGGCCAUGCGGUGGGCGCAGCGGGAGCACAUGGUUUACUACUACUGCAACGACUUCCGCAGGGACCACUCGCUCACGCCCGAGUGCUAG